AGGUCUCAUUUGCAUUGUAAAUAUUGCAACAGAUAAUUUCCCAUAGUAAAAACUUGUAAUUAGUGCGUCCAGUAAAUCUGUCUAAUAGGAAGUAAACAGAGUAUAAAAAUCCGUGACAAUGAUCGUUAAACUUCAUUUGCAAAUUAAAAGUUAUUCUAUAUAGAUCUUUGAUAUUUAAGUUACAGCCUCAGCACGUUUUCACUUCAUUUGUUAUUUUCUCUCAAUUCCGAUGUGAACAAAUAAAAGAGUUAAACAUGUGUAUGUCUGAAAAGUGACCUUGACCAGCUUACUUUGUAAAGCAUCAUCAUUAAUUUUUGAAUAACCAACAAUUAAUUAAACAUUCGCGAAAAAAAAAUAAUAAAGAGGAAAAAAAUUAACAUGUCAUUCAACUUAAAUCUUUUGAUCGUUAAGGUCUUAGUUAAGCUUGAGUGUUGAGUAAAAAUAAAAAAGUCAAGCAGUUACAAUCUACACAUCAGUCAGUGAACAUUAACAUUAGGAAAAAAGUAAAUUUCGUGUUUAAGUUCUCCUUGGCAAUGAUAAAAUUAUUAAAAAAAUAUAAAAAGUAAAGUCAAGUUUUGAGGUUUCUUCCUGAAAAACAAAAGCAAAAACAUGGCAAAUGAUAUAAAAUUUCGUGAAUUAAAUUACACUGUCAUUAAUCGAACAUUCAAGAAAUGUAAGUUCCUUUGUUAAAAUUAAUUCAUCAACUGUUGUAAUGGUAAAACAUUUACGUCAUAAUGUAAUUUUGACUUUAGCUUUAAAACAAGUUAUUAAAAAUAUCUCAGGAGAGUUCAAAUCAUGCGAGCUGACGGCUAUAAUGGGCACUAGUGGCAGUGGGAAAACAACGCUGCUAAACAUUCUGUCAGGUUUUGUAACUGAAAAUGUUACCGGGGUUCUAGAGUUCAACAGAGCAUCAAGAAGUCAAUCAUACAUUAUGCAAGAUGAGAACUUAAAUUUACUUCUUAGUGUCAAUGAAUCGAUGAUGUUCUCAAUUAAUUUGAAAUGUGGUUCGAAAUUGACGAGGGAAAAGAAGAAACAAAAAGUUGAUCAAAUUCUUGAGACACUCGGACUCGAACAACGAACUGAUGUUUUUGUGAAGAAUUUAAGUGGUGGACAAAGAAAGAGAUUGUCAAUUGCAAUUGAACUAGUUGAUGACCCUUCAAUUCUCUUCCUAGACGAACCAACCACUGGCUUAGAUUCUUCAUCAUCAUUGCAAUGUAUACGCUUAUUGAAGAAGCUUUCACAACAAGGCAAGACAAUUAUUUGCACAAUCCACACUCCUUCAGCGCUUCUCUUUCAAAUGUUUGACCAUCUUUAUGCAAUGACAGAUGGACGUUGCAUUUAUCAAGGUGGAACUAAUAAUCUGGUGCCUUUUUUGGCAGAUGCUGGUCUGAAUUGUCCACCUUCGUAUAAUCCAUCAGACUUUCUCAUGGAAAUUGCAACCGGCGAAUACGGUUCUCAAAACGAUGCACUUUCAAAAAUGAUACAGAAUGGUAGUAACGAAAGUUACCGAGUUGAAGCAAAUAACAAAGUGAAAAAAUAUGAAUUUGAAAUUAUAAAUGAAGAUUUUACCAAUCGCUUCUCAUCUUCAUUUAUGAAUCAGUUAAGCAAUUUAUUGUUACGCAAUUUUUUGAUGCUCUAUAGAGAUAAGGUUAUAAUGUGGUUACGGCUGGGGAUUCAUAUUGUGGUAGCUUUGAUAGUCGGAGCUUUCUUUGAAAAUACUGGAGGACAAGCAACGCGAAUCACAAACAACUUCCGACUUGUCUAUGCAAUUACACUUUUCCUAAUGUACACAAGUUUUUAUUCAUUAGCGACACGAUUUUCAUCAGAAAUUGCGAUUAUUAAAACGGAGCAUUUUAAUCGAUGGUAUUCAACAAGUGCUUAUUAUCUAGCUAUGACUAUUGCUGAUAUACCCUUGACAUUGGUAUGCUCGUUUAUUUUUGUUGCGACGGUUUACGUAAUGACUGAUCAACCGUUCGAAGAUUUUCGUUUCGCUUACUUUGUGAUGCUUCAAAUCUUGUCUAGUUUUAUUUCUCAAGGUCUUGGAUUGAUGAUUGGAUCAUUCUUUAAAUUAAUGAAUGCUCUUUACUUUGCUGCAGUAUUCUUGCCUGUGAUUGUUCUUUUUGGUGGUUUUAUGAUAACACAAAAAGAUGCUAACAAGUUCUUUUAUUGGAUCUUUGAGAUUUGUUAUACGAAGCAUGCUGGUGAUGCAACUCUAGUAUCAAUACUGGGAUAUAAUCGAUCGAAGCUGGAAUGCACCGAAGAAAUUUACUGUCACUUUGAGCGACCUCAAAAGUUCUUAGAGGAAAUUGAUUUUAAAGACGAGAUAUCAGUUGGAAAUAUUUCGGUUCUUAUAGCAUCAUUGAUUAUAUUUCGGUUAGUAGCAUUCUACAUGAUCAACCAUCGUCUUAAACAUUAAAUGUGGCAUAUUAAAUGUAAAUUCACAAUCGUACCUUCAUCCACGGAAUUUAGAACAAAAUAGUACACAAAUAGGUAAUAAAUUUAGGUAAAAAAGGAAAUUUCUAUUUUCACAUUCUUUUGAUAAUUAUGAGAAAUAAAAUUAAUUACAGGGAUGGGUUUUACUUUAACAAU